GCCCCGACUUUAUUUGGGUGGGUGAGUGAUAGAGGUUCACGCUCUAAGUGAAAUGCAUGAAUGCUUUGUCUGUUCUUAAUUGCUGUCAGUAUAAGCUAAGGUCUUUGUUUUACUUCAUGUCACAUAAGGAAUUACAACGAAAGAUAAAAUCUGAAGACACUAGUGAAGAUGAUGCUAGUGAAUUUCCUCAUUUCGAAUCCAUAUCUAUGAUGCUCCAGCGGCAUGUUGCCAAUGCCAGAGAACGCAAUCGUAAUUCCAGUGUUAAUGUGGCUUUCUCAAUCCUCAGGACGCAUAUACCAACAGAACCGAAGGACCGGAAAUUAUCAAAAAUUGAAACUUUACGAUUGGCUUCUUCCUAUAUUGAUCACUUGGCGACACUUAUACGAGCCAGAGCGGAUGGCGAUUAUGGUGGUCAAGUAUGUCAAAGAUACAGUUAUAGAUUAAAGGAAAAUAUGGACUUUACUGGCCAGAGAUAUAUCUGUACUUUUUGUCUAGCGGAAAGUAAAAAAUCAUUUUCAAAACACAGUAGAUCUCACGGUCCAAAUUCCUAAAACAGAAGAUUUAACCAAAUGUGUAAAUUUAUUUUCCAUGGAGAGUAAUUCAGAGCAAUGUGGUGUAAAAAUUGUGCUGAAUUGAAAUAAUUGAAUACUUUCAUUUAUGAUGAUUGGCUUAUGUAAAAACUGUCAACACAACAUUUUUUAUUUUGCGAAAUUUGUUUAGCAAUAAAAAGAAAUUUUAAACUGGAA